UGUCUUGACGCGGUUUAAAACGUGGGUUUGAAGUAUAAAUCCCCUCCUUCGAUUCUUUCUUCUUCUCCAAAAGCCUCCAACACAAAGCCAGCAAGCCGAGAAAGGCACAGAAAAGUGUAAACUACUACAGAGUUGUGAUUCCCACGUCCCACUGCCACCAUCUCAAACGCUUCCUUCGAUGCAACUCCAGCCAAUACUACUCCUCCUCCAGCCCCCGAAUCUGCAUCUCACUCCUGGGGCGGGAAAGAGGAGGAGUUCCCCCAUGUUCUAACAAUCCAAUCUUUAUUCAGCCAAUGUCCGAUCCAGCUCCUAAACCCUUUUUGUAAUCCCCUUUUUGGCCCAUUCCAAUCUCCACCAAGUCUCCUCCCAUUAUACCUGUCGAUGACCCAAGUCCUUCCCCUUCCUUCUGAUCUCCCUCCAUCUGGCGCUGUAACGGCGGCACAAUAGAGAGGCGGAGGAGGAGGAGGAGGAGCUAGUCGCUGGCAUUGCUCCGGAAGGCGCAGCAAGACGGAGGAGGGGAGCAGCGACGAGGGUCUCCACGCGAUGGAGAUCGGGUGGCCCACCGACGUGCGGCACGUCACCCACGUCACCUUCGACCGGUUUCACGGAUUCCUCGGCCUCCCCGUCGAGCUCGAGCCGGAGGUUCCCCGCAGAGCUCCCAGCGCCAGAUUCUACCUUCUCAUCUGCCAAUCAUUGCACAGUGCAAACGUGUUCGGCGUUUCUACUAAAUCGAUGCAGUGUUCCUAUGACUCGAAAGGGAACAGUGUUCCCACCAUUCUCCUGCUGAUGCAGAGACGACUGUAUGAGCUUGGGGGUCUUCGGACAGAAGGUGUUUUCAGGAUCACUGCGGAGAAUAGCCAAGAAGAGUAUGUGAGAGAGCAGCUAAACAGUGGAAUUUUGCCUGAGAAGAUCGAUGUGCAUUGCCUUGCAGGUUUGAUCAAGGCAUGGUUUAGAGAACUUCCUACAGGGGUGUUGGACUCUCUUCCACCCGAGCAGGUGAUGCAGUGCCGCACAGAGGAAGACUGCGCUAAGCUUGCAGGGCUCCUUCCACCAACCGAGGCUGCUCUGCUGGAUUGGGCCAUCCAUUUGAUGGCUGAUGUUGUCCAAGAAGAGCAGCAGAACAAGAUGAAUGCAUACAAUGUUGCUACAGUCUUUGCUCCAAACAUGACUCAGAUGGCAGAUCCCUUGACUGCACUUAUGUAUGCAGUGCAAGUGAUGAACUUCCUCAGGAUGCUGAUCCUGAAAGCUUUGAAGGAGAGACAGCAAUCCACCGUUUCAGACAAUGAGGCACUGAAGGAGCUUUCUGUUGCUGAAGAAGCUACUGCAGAUGAGUCAGCUGCUACUGCUUCUCAUGCAGCUCAUGUUAAUUCUGGUAGCAAGACUGGCAGAUCCAGCAAUCAAAACCAUUGAGAUACGGAUCAUUCAGACUUUGUGAUGAUAGAGUGAGUAGGUUGAGUGUGAAUUUACUUUUGAGAAAUUUGUCAUUCUGAUUAGUGCUUCUUCUUUUUGUCUUUCUGAUUUCUAAGACUUGUCAAUCUUCACUUGUUAUUUUUAUUCAAGUAAAUCUAUUAAACCA